UAAAAUGUUUCAAUAGUACAAUAAUACAUUUGUGGCUUAUAAAAUUUGUAAUUCAACAGAAACGAACUUAGCACAUGUAUUUUAUUUACUUGGUUAUAUGUACAAAAAAAAUGAUUCAAUAAAGUAGGAGACGCACUAAAGCAAAAUCUUUAAAGCAAAGCACAUAUAGUAAACAUGUUCGAGUUGCUAUAAAACAUCUGCGUACAUGUAUGACACAUAAUUUAGAACUCAGUGAUUUUUAUGCUGCAUUUAACAGGCAAAGGCAACGGCAAAGGCAACGGCAACGUUAGCAUUUUCCUCUACUCGAAGAAGGGUGCGCCCAAACAUAGGAUUUCCUUUAAGGAACCAAUAUCGGACACCAACACACAAUUUUCAUCGAGCUAAUCAAUUUGAUUCGCGGAAAUUAAAUAUUUUUAAAACAAUGCCGUCAUUGCAACAGCUUGGAGCAAACGGUGGUGCUGCAAAUGUCGGUUCUUUUUCUGAAGCUAGCACAGAAAUUUUACAAACUCAUUCAAUCAAUUCAAUAUUGGAGCAGCGUCAAGAUCUUUUAAAUCAACAAAAUGAAACCACAGGACGGAUUUUGUCACCAAUAAAUGAUUUAUUUAAAUUGAAUUUUUACGGAUUGAAAAAUGCACAUGAUUUUCCUCUAGCUUCUAACGGAGAUGCAAUGAGUUCAUCAAUGCCACCAUAUACACCUCUAACUCCAAGUUCCACACAGUCUUUACUAUCUCCAGCACAUACUUCUUCAAAUUCCCUAGACGUUUUUCAAUUUGAAAAUGUUGCACAAAAUACACCAAUCAAGGCUUUCCAAAAAAACGUCAGCUUCGAUUAUUCUGCACCUUUAUCGCCAAGUACGCCUACAUCUAAUUUUAAUCGUUCUUUUCACAAUUCACCUUUAAUCAGUGACAGCAGCAAUUCUUCUAGCGGUUAUGGAAUAUCGCUUGAUUCUAUACCAAUGAUUUAUCAGAAUACUUACAAUGGAAGCGGUCCUUCUUGGAGCCGUUCUAAUUCACCGGAGAGUCAAAAUAGUAAUCAAUCUAAUGCUGAACAGAAACUGAUGGAGGCAGCUAUGAAUGUAUUGUCUAUCAAUAAUACAGAAUCGGAAAAUCAAGGAAAUUUAAUGAAAUUACAGAAUUCUCCAUCAACUCCGCCAGCAAAUCUAUUUGACGAAAAGAAUUUGCCUCACUACGAAACACUAUCUGCUAUUGAUUUUGAAUUAUCUAAAUUGCAAACUUUAAACACCUUGAAAAUGUUGCAAGCUCAAACGCAGCGAUUCCCAUUUCUUAACAAUUUACUUCAAGGCUAUAAUACUGUAAAUCAUCAGUUUAAAAAUAUACAAAUGCCUCAAUCAGCUGUCGGCUCGAUUAAUGAUGCUCAUUUAGAUCGUAUUGCAAAGCUUUAUCGUUGCUCUGCAUCGUACUAUGAGGCUACUUGUACUUGGAGUGGACAACUACCACAGCGCUCACAUCGUAUGCUGAACUAUUCACCAAAAGUUUUUUUAGGUGGAAUUCCUUGGGAUAUUAGCGAACAGUCUUUGAUACAAAUUUUUAAACCAUUUGGUCAAAUUAAGGUAGAAUGGCCUGGAAAAGAACAACAGGCUGCUCAACCGAAAGGAUUUGUGUAUAUAAUUUUUGAAUCAGAGAAGCAAGUUAAAGCUCUUCUCGCUGCCUGUGUAUUUCAAUCAGAUGAUUCUCUAAACACCGUUACUUAUUACUUUAAAAUAUCUUCCAGACGCAUUAAAUCAAAAGACGUAGAAGUUAUUCCUUGGAUAAUAGCGGAUUCAAAUUUUGUUAAAAAUACUUCACAAAAGCUGGAUCCUACAAAGACUGUAUUUGUUGGCGCUUUACAUGGUAAACUAACAGCAGAAGGUUUAGCUAAAAUAAUGGAUGAACUUUUUGAUGGCGUAUUGUACGCAGGAAUCGAUACUGACAAAUAUAAAUACCCAAUUGGUUCUGGACGUGUUACAUUCAGCAAUAAUCGGUCUUAUAUGAAAGCAGUUAUGGCUGCCUUCGUAGACAUACGCUCAGCCAAGUUCACCAAAAAAGUUCAAAUCGAUCCUUACUUGGAGGAUGCAUUGUGUUCUGUAUGUGGUGUACAACAUGGACCAUAUUAUUGCAGGGAACUUUCAUGCUUCAGAUAUUUUUGUCGUACUUGUUGGCAAUGGCAGCAUACUAUGGAGGGCGCUGAAAGUCACAAGCCAUUGACUAGAAAUUCAAAAUCUCAAACAUUGGUGGGCAUAGGCCCUUCAACCUCCACGUCACUGUGCUCAUACAAUACUACAAUUCCGCAGCAACAACAACAACAACAAAAACAAUCAAAUCUAUUGAACCAAGAUCAAAAUAUUUUUUAUCAAAACCAAAUAGAUUAUUCGAAAACUGAUACGAAAUGAAUAACUAUAAAACACUCUCUUUGCCUUGUUUAACAUUGAUUGUUACGGUAGUAAAUAUAAAUAAUAAU